AUUCCCGGUUCCCGCCCUCAGGCCCGGCCCAGCCCCGCCGGGCCCGGGCGCGGCCGCAGUCCCGGAGCCGCCGCCGCCUUCCCGUGGAGCCCCCGGCCGGGGAACCCUUCCCGGGCUGAGAGGAUGCAGCACCGCGGGGCCGGGUGACGCUAUCACGGGCAUGGCGGGCGCCUCGGUGAAGGUGGCUGUCAGAGUUCGGCCCUUCAGCGCGCGGGAGAGCAGCCGCCAGGCCAAGUGCGUUAUCCAGAUGCAAGGAAACACCACCUGCAUCACCAACCCCAAGCUCCCCAAAGACGCCACCAAACACUUCACCUUCGACUACUCGUACUGGUCCCACACCUCGGAGGAAGACCCAAACUUCGCCUCRCAGCGCCGAGUGUACCAAGAUAUCGGGGAGGAGAUGCUGGCACACGCCUUCGAGGGUUACAACGUCUGCAUCCUGGCUUAUGGCCAGACCGGCGCCGGCAAAUCCUACACCAUGAUGGGGCGGCAGGAGCCGGGGCAGCGCGGGAUCAUCCCGCAGCUCUGCGAGGAUCUGUUUGCCCGCGUCGCUCGGGAGGGGUCUCCUGAACUUUCUUUUUCUGUGGAGGUGAGCUACCUGGAGAUCUACUGCGAGCGGGUGCGGGACCUGCUGAACCCCAAAAGCCGGGGAGGGCUGCGGGUGCGGGAGCACCCCCUGCUCGGGCCCUACGUGCAGGAUUUGUCGCGUCUCGCCGUCGCGUCCUUCGCCGACAUCGCCGACCUCAUGGACAGCGGCAACAAAGCCAGGACGGUGGCAGCUACAAACAUGAACGAGACGAGCAGCCGCUCGCACGCCGUGUUCACCAUCGUUUUCAGCCAGCGCCGCCGGGACCCGCUGAGUGACCUCACCACAGAGAAGGUGAGCCGCAUCAGCCUGGUGGAUCUGGCGGGCAGUGAACGUGCUGACGCUUCAGGGGCUAAAGGCAUCCGCCUCAAGGAAGGUGCCAACAUCAACAAGUCCCUGACCACUCUGGGCAAGGUCAUCUCRGCUCUGGCUGAUGCGACCAACAAGAAAAAGAAGCCGGAUUUCAUCCCGUACCGGGAUUCAGUGCUGACCUGGCUGCUGAAGGAGAAYCUGGGCGGGAACUCACGCACAGCCAUGAUCGCGGCGCUGAGCCCGGCUGACAGCAACUACGAGGAGACUCUGAGCACGCUGCGCUACGCCGACCGCACGAAGCAGAUCCGGUGCCACGCUGUCAUCAACGAGGACCCGAACGCGCGGCUGAUCCGGGAGCUGCGGGAGGAGGUGACGCGGCUGCGGGAGCUGCUGAGCGCCCAGGGUCUCCAAGAUACCACCCCCUCUGCCCCCCCUGCUACAACCCCCGCCACCUUCAACGGGGCUCCAGGGCUGGAGUCCCCCCUGGGCCCCACUGAGGCCAUGGAGCGACUGCAGGAGACGGAGAAAAUCAUCGCAGAGCUCAAUGAGACGUGGGAGGAGAAGCUGCGGCGGACAGAGGCCCUGAGGCUGGAGCGGGAAGCGCUGUUGGCUGAGAUGGGGGUGGCUCUGCGGGAGGACGGUGGCACCGUUGGCGUCUUUUCCCCUAAAAAGACCCCACACUUGGUGAACCUCAACGAGGACCCACUGAUGUCCGAGUGCCUCCUCUACCACAUCAAGGACGGCGUGACCAGGGUGGGCAGUGUGGAUGUGGACAUCAAGCUGUCAGGGCCGUUCAUCCGGGAGCAGCACUGCCUGUUUCGCAGCCGCCCCGACCCCUCGGGGGAAGUUGUGGUGACCCUGGAGCCGUGUGAGGGGGCUGAGACCUACGUCAACGGGAAGCAGGUGACGGAGCCGGUGGUGCUCAAGUCGGGAAACCGCCUGAUUUUGGGGAAGAACCACGUGUUCCGCUUCACYCACCCGGAGCAGGCGCGGCGGGAACGGGAACGGGGGGUGUCCCCCGGGCCAGCCCCGGACUGGAAUUUGGCACAGCGGGAGCUGCUGGAGCAGCAGGGCAUCGAUAUGUGCCUGCAGAGGCUCCAGGAUCUGGAGAACCAACCCCAGCUGGAGAAGGAAGCAGCAGAGCAGCCGCAGCCCCCCGCCGCCAAUGACCCCCGGUGCUACGAGGCCGGCUGGCGCUUGAUCUCGUCGCUCCGCCAGGCGCUGCCGGCACCCGCCGUGCGCUCGGUGCUGCGCCGGGCCGGGCUGCCGGUACCGGGCAAACGCCGGGAGCCUCUGCGAGUUUAUCAGAUCCCGCAGCGCCGUCGGGGGUCAUCCCCGACCCCGUCCUCACCGUCCCCGUCCCCGUGGGUAACCAUGGCCGACCUGAAGGCUCAGGCUGUACGGGAGCUGAGCCUGGAGGUCGCCCUGCGGGAGCCGCGGCCGGCGAGGAGGGAGCUGGAGGCGCURAGCCUGGCGCGGCUGCGGGAGCUGUGCCGGCGCCACGGCAAACGCGAGCCCACGGAGCGGGAUGGCUGGAGAGCCGUGGCCAGGGACGUGUGGGAUGCCGUGGGUGGCGGUGAAGAGGACGAGRGYRGCGGUGGYGGYGGYGGUGGYGGUCCUGGAGAGCGGGUGAGCGAGGUGGAAGGGCUGCGGCUCCACCUGGACAGGCUGGCGGGGAUCCUGCACGAGGUGAAGCAGCAGAACAGCGCCAAGGACGAGCAGAUCCAGGCCCUGCGUGACCGCGUGGGGCAGAUGGAGCGCGUCAUCCCGCUGCUGCCGGACGAUGGCGAUGAAGCCGAUCCACCCCUGCAAGAACCUUCCCGGGAGGCCGCCCAGCCCGACAUGGACCGGGGGUCUCCCCCUCCUUCGCCCCCCUCGGCGGCAGCGGAGCGGCUUUGCCGGCUGAUGGAGCAGGACCCGGCGUUCCGGCGGGGGCGGCUGCGGUGGCUGCGCCAGGAGCAAGCCCGGCUUAUGGGAGGGGGUGGCCCGCAGCACCCCCAGCCCCCUCGCCGACCCCCUCGCUUCCACCCGGCUCCCCAGGACUCCAAGCUGCGCUUCCCCUUCAAGAGUAACCCCCAGCACCGCCUGGCCUGGGGGAGCGGCGGGGACUCUCCGCAAACCGAAAACARCGCGCCCUCGCCGCCCCCUCCCUCGGGGCGUCCCCGCCGGGGGUCCCUGGACCGGGGGUCCCCACCCCGUGUCCGCCGCCAGCGCUCGGCCCCCGACCUGAAGGCGCGGGGCCCCAUCCCUUAGCGGGGGUGGGAUUUUGGGGGACACGCCUUCCUUGGAAUGGACAAUCACGGCCUUUGCCACCCCCACAAUCGGGAGGUGUCCCCAGCGGGGACUCUCCCAGCUGCUGUCACACUGUCCCCCCCUCCGCCGCGUGUGUGUCUGUGGGAGGGGUCCUCGGGCAGGAGAACCCCUCCCCUUCAUGCAGAUGAGCCCCUAAUUAAGGGGGAUCCCGCUAAUUAAAAUGAAGCGCCUCAUUACGGACUCAUCCCACCCCAUUCUGGUGCCUCCUCUC